AUGGCACAGGUGGGGCACAGGGUGGAUUACCUGGCCGGAUUCUGCUGCCCGGUGGGGGGGCUGGUGGCGGGCAAGCCGCGGGUGCUGUGCCACGAGAACGAGAUCUACCUCUCCAACGGCACCGAGUUCGUCUACGUGUAUGACCAGGAGGGCAAAGUGCUCAAGGCUGUGUACCGCUGCCCCGACCAGGUGUGGCACGUGGAGCUGCUGCCCCAGCCCCGGCAGCUCUACAUCCUGUGCGCCCACAGCGGGAUCUACUGCGUGUCCCUGGAGCAGCAGAGCAGGUUAAUGGAGCAGACGGACGGCGACGGCCAAGAAAGCAACGGCCCUUCCGGCGUCUUCCCGGUGGAAGCAGACGCCUGCAUCUUCCCCGACGCCAGCCUGAGCAUGUUCACCCUGCUCAGCACCUUCGUCAUCACGCUGGCCCAGGACGAGGGCAAGUGGUGGAUGCGGCUGCACGAGCUGCCGCGCCCGGAGCAGGACGGGCCCCCGUACCGGCAGGUCAGCCAGGUGGAAUUCUGCCCCGGGACCCCACCUGGGGAUGUGGGGGACGCGCCACCCUCCUGCUUCCUGCCCGUGCUGUGCUGCGCGGCCGCGCCCGGCACCCAGGGGCUGUGGUGCUCGGGGGGCUUCGUGCUGGAGGAGCCCCUCUUCAGCCUCCUCUUCGGCAUCGACGUGGCCAUGAUGGAGUCGCCCAUGAUCCUGUGUGGCUUCCCGGAUGGGCAGCUCUGCUCCGUGCCCCUCAAAGCUCUGAGCUCAUCACCCACCGCCGACGGCUGCCGUGACGUGUCCACCCCGGCGCCACCCGUGAAGAUCCUGCACCACCUGGAGGAGCCCAUCGUGUUCAUCGGGGCGCUGCGCACCGAGCGCCGCGCGGCCGACGACGACGACGACGACGCCGAGGACGAGCCGCCCGCGGGCGAGCCCGGCUGUGACUGCGUGGUGGCCGUGGGCCACUACGGGAAGAUGGUGGCCGUGAAGGCGGAUCAGAGGGAGGAGGCCACGGUGCCGGAGCUCAGGGAGUAUUACCUGCGAGGGCCCAUCCUGUGCGCGGCCUGCGGCAGCGGCUCCCGCAUGUACUACAGCACCCACUCGGACAUCUCCGCCGUCGACCUGGACUGGGCGGGCGAUUCCUCGGACCCCGAGGACACGGAGAGUGGCACCGGCGUGCUGCCCCCAGUGCUGUCCCCGGCCAGCCUCAGUAUCUGUAGCGUCGUGGCUCUUUCCUUGUCCUCUCGGGCCUCAGAAGGGGAGUCAGAGCUGUUGGCCCUGUCAGCCAAGGGCCGCCUCGUGUCCUGUGGCCUGUGCAGCCCCGAGGAGCCGGACGUGGAGCUGACCCCUGCUGAGAUCGGCCGGAGGAUCAAGGAGCUGCUCUCGGGGAUAGGGGACACCUCGGAGAGAGUGUCCUUCCUGAAGAAGGCCGUGGACCAGAGGAACCGAGCCCUGGCCAGCCUGAACCAGGUGAUGAACGUGAGUGCAGCGCUGCUCUCCAGCCAGGAGGGCCACAAGCCCAUCGCCUGCACCGUCACUGCCAACUGGAGCUGCCUCCUGCUCCAGGACACCGUCACCAUCUCCUGCUUGCUGGAAAACUGCAGCGAGUACAGCCUGGAGGAGGGCUGGACCCUCUGUGUCCAGCUCCUGGCCAGCCCCUGUGCCUUAGAGGAGGAAUCCAUGGAUUCGGCCACCACCUUCACCUUCCCCAUUGACCAGCUGCUCCCUGGGAACAAGCGGGAGCUGACGCUGCCCCUCGGCCCUGCUGCAGACACCAAGCUGGACCUGCCUCUGACCAUCUCCUGUGCCCUCUACUACAGUUUAAGGGAUAUUUUGGGCAGUGGCUCCGACUCCUCCGAGGACCUGGAUGAUUUCCUGCCCGACGACUCGCCCCUGCUGUCCCCAGACAGAGAGGGGAUCUGCCUGCCCCUCAGCCAAUGCACCAUUGACAUGCUCCAGUGCCUCCGUUUCGGGAGCAGCCCCUCCGGGCCCGACGCCCCCCCUGCCCCCUCAGACCCUGUGGAGACCUUCCUCAAAGUGUCCCAGGAACAGACUGAACCCAAGGAGGGGAAAACCCCGGGAGAGGAGAAGCUGCCCCCCUCGGCAGCAUCCAUCCGAGUGUCCUCGGAGCUGCUGAAAAAUGCUCUCAAAACCUCGGAAACAGAUGUCCCACUUUGCUGUGCCACCCUGCGCUGGCUGCUGGCUGAGAACCCCGGGGCUGAGGUGCUGAGCAGCACGGAGGUGGCAUCGGUGUGUGGCAUGGCACCCGACGGUGGCCACGUCCAGCUGCUCGUCAGAGAGGUGGCCAUGAAUGACCUGAGCCCUGCAGGUCCCAUCCAGGCUGUGGAGAUCCUGAUGGAGAGCCCAUCCCUGGCCCACAUGUGCAGGACACACCACGCCGUCAUCCGGCGCAUCCAGGCGCUGGUGCUGGAGCAGGCGGCGCAGGGCUCGGGACCCCCCGACCUCCGCAUGCAGUACCUGCGUCAGAUCCAGGCCAACCACGAGAUGCUGCUGAAGGAGGCGCAGACCCUCCGGGACCAGCCACCCCUGGGCGAGGAGGGGGCUGAUGGCUCUGCCACAGCCGAGAAGCUCCUGAACAUCUACCGGCAGCUGCGGAACCCCAGCCUGGUCCUGCUGUGA